AUGCCGGCGAAUAGUCAUUCUCCCGAGCUUUCAUUCUCCCCUGAUCAUAAUACUGGGGCCCGCAACCUUCAGACCGUAUUUCGGGUAUCUCCCCCGGGCCAGAAAUCAAAUGGAUUUCAUUCAAGGAGAGCCCACAAGAAAUCUCGAGCUGGCUGCCUGACAUGCAAGAAGAGAAGAGUCAAGUGUGAUGAAGGGAAACCAAACUGUCGAAGGUGCACAACCCGAGGCAUUGAAUGUGGCUAUUUUCUCGAAUCAGAAGAGGCUGGCAAUGGCGCAAAUAACUUGAUAAUUUCUGCGCCAUGUGCUACCAUCUCCUCUCUUGCCAUUGACGAUAUCACGAAAAACAUCCAGACUACAUUGAGCUUUGAUCCAGAAUGGAGUCCGUAUGCUUUAAUGAAUGCAAACUCCGACCAUCCGCUCAGCACAGUUGCCUUCCAGCAUUUUGUCAAAUCUUCAACUGACACAAUUGUCGUCCCUGCCAUCCGCAAUGUCAUGCGAACAGAUAUGGUCCGCGUUGCAUUCACCAGUGCCCACCUCAUGUAUACCAUCCUUGGUGUUGGCAUGCUUCACUAUAACCGGUACUCACCAAACAAAGACCGGUCCGUCGCAGAGUCUUACCUGUGGCAACAUGCCAUCAAGCUGUACCAAAAGGCACUGUCCUCCAAAAUACAACCCGAAAACGUCGACGCCCUCCUAUCCACCUGCAUGCUCAUGGGGGUAAUGACCAUUUGCCCCGAGAAAUUCGAGCCAGCCGAUUCGUGGGUUCUCACCAAUAGACCCGAAGACAUGAACUGGCUCGCAUUACAAAGCGGACUGAAAACCAUUCUAACGCUUGCAUCUCCGUAUCUAUCUACCAGUAUCUGGGGGGAUGCAUUUAAGGCGGUUGAUGAAACAGGCGACAAGAUAUUUAAACAAGAUGAAGCUAAAGGACGCGAAGGUCUUGAUCCCCUUUUAGCGGAUUUGUGUGGGGUUGACGAGGAAAGUUCCGGGAGCACCAGUGUUUACUAUGAUCCUUUGAGUUAUCUUUGCAGCCUUAGGAAGCUGGAAUUUACUGGACCUAACGCUGCGCACUGUGCAUCGUUCAUGGGGAGGUUGGAGUGCGACUUCCUGGCUCUUCUGAGGAAAAGGGACCCACCCGCACUUAUGAUUUUGGCGCAUUGGAUGGGGCAUAUGUGCUUGCUAUCUGAGUGGCAGCCUUGGAUUGAGGGGAGGAUAAGGAAGGAGUGUGUGGCUAUUUGCAUGUUUUUGGAGUAUAGUACUGACCCGAGGAUCUUGCUACUGUUGCGGUUUCCAGCCGAGGCGUGCGGGUAUAGACUUAGCUUUCUUUAG